GUUUCUUUUGGCUUGAGUAUUGGAUUGUGCUGGUUUUGGGGUUGGGUCUGCUUUCAGUCUAAACGGUUCUUGGUGUUUGUGUUUUUGCUUUUACUUACUUUUACUGUGGGACUUGUUGUUCUUGCUCUGGGCUGAGAUGGAACGCUAUACCACACCUUACCUUACUCCAUUGACAAUCGCCAUAUCGAUAUUCAAACAUACUAUGGCCUAUGGCAUAAAUGUCAUCAUUAUCAUUAAACCUAACUCACUAAACUCUUCAUAUAAAUGCAGCAUAUCUCAUAACUCAUGCAUCUUUAGACAUCAUCCUCGUAACGAUCCCAACACGAAACAAAACAAAAAAAUGAAAUAAAAUAAAGGGUAUCAAAAACAUCAUCCUCCCA